CUUCUUCUCCAUUUUUCGGACGCGAGUGCCGGUGCGCUGCGUGUCCCAUGUCUUGCUGUUGGGCUGCCCUGCUUGGACGAAGUGCCAGUCCAGAGGACAAACCCAAGAGGUUAGAGGUCUUGGUUCACCAGCUGAGUGGUGAGCUCCUUUGCCAGCUCUAUGUGGACACUGAAACGACCGUGGAGCUUCUCAAGCACCGGAUUCAAUCUCUAACGGACAUCCCACAGACCAGGCAGCACCUUCUUUGUGGUGGCGCUGCACCGUUGGCCGAAGGUGCCAAGGUGGCAGCGGUGGCCGACGAGCGAGUGGAACUGCAGCUCAUCCAGUCCUUCAAACCGGUGGUGGCUGACUUGCUGCCACCCAAAGACGGCUACGUUCUCCGAAAGGCCAUCAACGACCGAGACGUGGAUUUCUGCUUGGGGCUCUUGACCUUGGAGAAUCUGCCAGGACUCAAUGAGAAGGAUACCAGUGACUGGACAGUGCUGCACCAUGCAGCCCGGUGUGGUUUGAAGGAGGUCUGCCACGGCAUCCUGGAGCGGAGCGACUUCACCGAGGCCAACGCGCACGACAUCUCCGGCUUGACGGCCUUGCAUUGCGCGGCCUGCCGCGGGCAUUUGGGAGCUGUGCUGGUCUUGUUGGCGACCUCUUCCUUCACGGUGGUGAACUCUGCCGACGCUCAGAUAGACCGCAAUGGGGUGGGCUGGAGCGCUCGAGACAUCGCGGCCACCGGGCUGGACCGUGUCAGCCGUGGGGUAUGAGUCAUGAGUCAUGAGUCAUGUGAUGGAUCGAUAUGGAUCGAUGACUGGAUCUGUCGGUCCGUUUGGGAUCCGUUUGGGAUCUUUUUUCUUUCAGCGUGAGGCUGAGAAAAUGGAGAUGGGUGAACCAGCUUUGCUUCGUUUUUGGAGAUCUGCCAUCCAGAGGAACCCCAAACUUGCCAAACGACAUGUUUUUGGGUUCCAUGAAGUCCAUGUCCGUGGUGGUGUGGCUUUUGUGGUGCAGCUUUUUGUGACCUUGAUCGUUUGCACACUGUGCUCUUCCUUGGAUAGCUGAGCUUGCCAGCUUAGGAAAGGUAUGGCCACAAGCAUAUCGUUCAGGCGAUAGACGACGCUGACCGGUUUUGGAAGCGUGCACGCAGCUGAUCGCUGAUCUCAUCUUCCGCUGCGGCGCGACUGUUCUGUUCCCAGAGCGGAGAGAAAAGAGAGACAUCGUUGUCGGCAGGUGCUUUGAAGGUAAGCUGUCCGCAGGAAGUUGCCAUGCAUCCAGCAAUUGGUGGAUGAAGUUGUAUUUUCUUAUUCACACAUUGGAUUUGACUUUCCAAGUGCACACUCUUUCAUGGGGUUUAUCAAUCAGUUAGUUUGGGUCUGUACAGGCCACAGACUUGAAAAAGAAGGUGAGUGCUAGUGGUGAAACAUUGCAAAUCACUGUGUUUUUUCAUACUUGUUCCAUGGUUCUGAUUGGUUUGCUGGCAGACAACCUGUAUACAGGUCCUUGUGCAACACAUCUUUGGUCACCAGUAUUUUUCCGAUGCCGGCCCAUGCCGGCGGCACAUGUAGACCUCAUUUUGGCUCUUGCAACAGGCACUGAUGCCGCAGAGAAGGC